CCAUGAGAGAGAUCGUUCACAUACAGGCGGGUCAGUGCGGCAAUCAGAUCGGCGCCAAGUUCUGGGAAGUGAUCAGCGAUGAACACGGCAUCGACCCGACCGGCAGCUAUCACGGCGACAGUGACCUCCAGUUGGAGCGCAUCAAUGUCUACUACAACGAGGCAUCCAAUGGCAAGUAUGUGCCGCGCGCUGUGCUCGUCGACCUCGAGCCCGGAACCAUGGACUCAGUCAGAUCCGGGCCGUUCGGACAGCUCUUCAGACCCGACAACUUCGUGUUCGGACAGUCGGGCGCCGGAAACAAUUGGGCCAAAGGGCACUACACCGAAGGCGCCGAAUUAGUGGACGCAGUGCUGGAUGUGGUGCGCAAAGAGGCCGAGGGUUGCGAUUGUCUGCAA